UUGGUCGGUUCGCUUUCUGUUUUCCAUCAUCGAACAUACGCGCAUCGAAAGAGUACAGGUACUCUUUUCUCAAACAUCCAUAUCCAUCACCAAAAAAAGGGGUCGAAGCGUUCUAGGUAGAAUCCCUGUUCAGUAAGUGAACCUGGUUCAUUAAUUUGGAUAAAAUCACAAUCACAGGAAACACGCAUCUCGAGACUAAUCUGGAUAUCUAAUCUUGUUCUUGCACCACCACCUCCCAACAAGAACGUCAUGAUGGAAACUGCAUUCCACAAUCAAGAACAAAUCAUCGAAAGGGGAUUAUCUCCUACUACAUCUGAAGAACUGAGUGCAUCUUCCAUGGAUGAAGAUAAUCAAAGGCCAAUCCAACAUGGCGGCUACCAAACAGGCGUAAAAGGCGUUCGAGCAGAUGCGCAAUAUCAAGCUCAAUUAGAUUCCGAAAAACGUGCAGCAGCGAUCAAAGAUCAUAAUGCACAAAUGCAAUCGCAGGCUUUGGGCUCACAAAGAACAUGGAAAGAGGAUGAUGAGCAAACUAGACUGGAACGUGAGGCUGGCGUGAAACCAGGUCAAAAUGCAUCUCCACACGAUAGCGACGAAGAUGAAUUGGCGGAAAUACGAAAGAAGAGAUUGCAAAAUCUAAAGAGUCAUCAAACAGCCAAUGAAUCACGUAGAAGAAGAAUGGCAGGCGAAGAUGUGGGAUCAAAUCAAAACGCAAGAGGAGGAUUUUAUGGUCAUUUACGUGAAGUAGGACCUGAUCAAUACGUUCAAUCGAUCGAUGGAGAAAAUAAGGAUACGUUUGUGGUCGUUCAUAUUUAUGUCAAAUACGUUCAUGCAUGUGCAAUUCUCACUUCCGCACUUUCAACUUUAGCACGCAGUCAUCCAAAAGUCAAAUUUUUACAAGUACGAGCAGGAAGUAUUGGUUUCGGAAGUGGUGGUGUUGAUGCAGCAAAAGAAACAAACGAUCGAGAUUUGGACGAAGAAGAUUUUGAUGAACGUGCAGAAGAGAUUGUGCCUACAUUAUUGGUUUAUCGUGGAGGAAAUAUUCUUGCAAAUCUUGUAAGGGUAGACUUGGACGAAGGUUGGGGCGAUGGAAGUGAAAGAAGGGUUGCCGAUAUCCUUCGUUCGCACAAUGUUAUACCUUGAUUUUCUUCCUCACAUCCCAGCACUCUUUCUCAUUUCUGGCUACCUCUUCUCUUCUUAUCUCUUAUACUACUAUCAUACACAUUUUAAUCUUGUAUCUCGGGCUUGGGCAUCCAUUGUAUCAUUCAUCAUUUCAUUAUGGCCGUAC